GGAGGAGCAACCGGAAGUGGCCGGAAUCCCAGACUGACAAGACUUUCAUAGAAGCCGGAGCGGAAAAAAGGAGGCGGCGGCUGCGGCGAUGGAGUUGGGCGAGCUGCUCUACAACAAGUCCGAAUACAUCGAGACGGCAUCUGGCAACAAAGUUAGUCGACAAUCAGUGCUGUGUGGAAGCCAGAACAUUGUUCUCAACGGCAAGACCAUUGUAAUGAAUGACUGUAUUAUCCGAGGGGAUCUGGCAAAUGUAAGAGUUGGACGCCAUUGUGUUGUGAAAAGUCGUAGUGUCAUAAGGCCACCAUUCAAGAAAUUCAGCAAAGGUGUUGCAUUCUUUCCUUUACAUAUUGGAGACCAUGUCUUUAUUGAGGAGGACUGUGUGGUCAACGCAGCUCAGAUUGGUUCUUAUGUUCAUGUUGGCAAAAACUGUGUGAUUGGGCGCCGGUGUGUGUUAAAGGACUGUUGUAAAAUUCUUGACAACACAGUAUUACCCCCAGAAACAGUGGUCCCACCAUUCACCGUCUUCUCAGGCUGCCCAGGACUUUUCUCAGGGGAGCUCCCGGAGUGUACCCAGGAGCUGAUGAUUGACGUCACCAAGAGCUACUACCAGAAGUUUUUGCCCCUGACACAGGUCUAGUGUCUCUGCCUCAUGUCUUGAAUUCACUUGAGCUCUUAGAUGAACUUGGAGGACAAAGUGAGCCAUGGUCAGCAUCUAUAAAGAGCUCUUGUGUUUUUGAUAACUUCUACCCUCCUUUAUUUCUAAAUUCUUUAGAAUUUCUCAUUCAAGGCUCUAUGCUCUUAAGAAUUUAGUAACAGAACAUCUGGAGGAGUUGUCUCCGAAUGCUGUGCUUAUGCUUUAUCUAUUAACCGUCACUUCACAACCAUUAUCUUCCGAAGAUAGAAUCAUCUGUUCUCAGCACUUCACCUGCUUGGUCCUGUGAAGGGAUGGAUCCUGUCUCAAGCAGAAUUGCAGAGCAGGAACACUCUCCCCGAAUGUGGAAUUGUGCUGCCCCUUAUGAGCACAAAUGCAGGUCACUCUCAGCUUCCCUGCUCCUGACAUAUUUGUCCAGUUGCCACAGUUGUUCAUAAUCCUGGAAAAAAGUGUUUGUCCCAAUUCCUGUUGGAUACUAAAACUUGAAGGGAAGAGUGGUUAAUGUUUCUUUUCUUCUCAAAGUUAUGUUAGCUAUUCUGAGGGUGAUUAAUAGGAGACUUUCUAGCAUUCUGUUCUAGGACCUUUGACUUUCACUAAAAGGGGUCCUUAGCACCCCAGAUUGUAUUUUUGCGAAGUCCAAGAUUUGAGUCUCCGUGUCUGGUAAUCACUCCUUGCCUCAAGAUAUUUUUGGAUAGCAGUUUAUGUCUUAUUUCACUGAAGAUACAGCAUUUGUUCCUUGGCCUAGAACCAUUGAACCCACCCUGUAUGUUCAGACCAAAAUAUCUGCCACUCAUGUAUAUACAAGUGGGGCUCUUAAAAUCAUCUUGUGGGCACAGAGCCCCAGGUUUUACAUGAAUUUGCCAGUGCCACUCGUACAACCUCCUUCUAGCUAAUAACACGGAAGGGUCCUGCUCUGAUCUCUUUGCUUAGGAAGGAUGAUUGAGGUGGUUUUGUUUGCUUCAUUCUGAUUCUGCUGUAAACAAGUAGGAUAGAACACUUCAGCUUGGAAGGUAAACUCUUAACAGGAGCUGUCAACAGGUUGUGACGUUUGCUAAUACAGCUGAAUUUAAUCAUCUCUGCCAGUUCAAUGUAAAAACUGCUUUCUGGUUUGCUUUUUUUAUGUUUGUACAUUAAAGAGUCAUACCUGGAA